AUGUGCAUGUCCAUGGCCAUGUUUGCCGUGAGUGGUUGUGAUCUUGAGUUGCCCCCGUCGGCAACACUGGUUCAAGAGUUUUCGGGUCGACUUGCGGCCGCGUUGGGCGUGACCGACAUUGUUAGCCUAUGUGUCCUCGCGCUGGUGUUCCUCCUGGCGCUGUAUUUCGUGUGGGGUGGCACGUGGAACAAGUUAGAAGAAAAUCCCUAUGGGGAGUUGAAAGGCACUGGAUUGCGCGCCGGUCGAGAAGCCAAAGACAGGUUCAACCAGUGGCAAGCCAGACAAGAGCAAGGCUCCCCUGUGAGCCCUUACAGCCCUUCGCAGGCUUCUGGCGAGGCUUUUCCGACAUCUCCAGGCGAUGGGUCUCGCCGACAGCAAAUGAGUUGUUGUUGA